AUGGAGAAACCAAACGAUAGGGAGAUGGAUUUGCUCACAGAAGAACAAUGGGCGAUUAUGUUAUCGAGAUUGCCACCAAUCCCUAUCCAAUUGACAAAACCAAAGAUCAGUGGAACGGAAUCGCUGCUAGAGGAUCUGUAUGCUAUUAUACUAGCCAAGUUACCACUAACGAGCAUAAUCGCUUUCAAACUGGUUUGCAAGCAAUGGAAAUCACUCGUUGAGUCUCCUUUUUGCCGCGAUCUUUAUCUGUCUAUGUACCAAAACUCGUAUUGUUCUUCAUGGUCGUUCAUGUGUAGAGGUUGCGAGACAGAAACCAUGGCUCACUACGGAUCCGACAACUGGUGUCUUACCCGUUCUCUCGGUUCUUACAUCUCGUCUUUUCUAGCCGAAAAGUUCGAGAACCGAGAAGGUAGAGUCGUGGCUUACACCGAUGUUGGAUUGAUAUUGAUUUACGUAGUGACGAACCAAUCUUUCUACGUGGCUAAUUCUGUCUCAAGGCAAUGCGUAGAGAUCCUGCCUCAUAAUCAUGUAAUGGAACGUUUUUGGAUAUUGGGGAUUGUGACUCGAACUGAGGACGAAGUCGUUUUGGGUUACGAAGUCGUUUUGUUAGAGAAGAAGAAGAACUUUACUAGUUUCUUGAUAUAUUCAUCUGAGACCGGCUCGUGGAGUCUUGAAACUGUUAGUUUUCCUUUCACUUUCAUCGCUCAGGAAUUUAACAACCCCAUUAGCUUGAACGGAAAGCUUCACUGGCUCGCUCACAAUCCGGAGUAUAAAGAUUUUCUUGUAUCCUUCGAUUUCUACCCUAGUGGCGACAAGGGUUCUGAUCGAUGUCGUGUUACACCUUUCCCUGACUUAGACAAAACAACUAAAUUCACAAGAGCUUGCACAACUUGUCAAGGGUUUCUCAUGUAUAUUAACAUAGUCUCUGUAGCCGAAGUUGAUAAGCUGUGUGUAUGGAGGCUAAAGAGCGAAGGAUGGCAACUAGUAUCUGAAAUCUCUACUGAUAUUGUAACGGCUGGUUUUGAUUAUAUUCCGUUGGGGAUGAAUCCUUUUGAUGAUAAACUAGUGUACUUUUGGAGGGGAAACAUGGAGGGCCAAGAUUUGUUGUCUAUAAACUUACACAUUGGGGAAUUUAUGGUCCACGAAGAGUUGGAACGUAGCAGCGACGGUCGCGUUCUGAGUUCCGUUGGUGGUCCGAGAGAGAUAGAUUACAUAAAGGAAUCAUAUUAUUCCUCGUUCGUUUUCCCGAGGUGGCUGCAUCCUUUCCCGAACUAA